AUGAGCCAGAACAAAAUGAACGUACUUCAUUGGCACAUUGUCGACACCGAAUCUUUCCCUUAUACUUCAGCCAAGUUUCCUAAUAUGUCGUUGUUGGGCGCCUACACUCCAGCUCACAUCUAUUCUAUAGCUGAUAUUAAGAAAAUCAUAGAAUAUGCAAGACUUCGCGGAAUCCGAGUUAUUCCAGAAUUCGACUCACCAGGUAGGCGAACGCAGUAUACAGCCGUAUUCUCCGCAGUCGACUUGGUGAUCUUUAUUAAAAUUUGGAAAAACAAGAUUGUUUUUAAAACCGGCGCGCACAGCCCCGUCAAAACAUUUGAGCUCACCAUUUCUUUGGUGUAA